AUGGAGCAAAAUCUAGCAAUGGUGGCCAAAAAGAUCUGGAAAUUGGCCCAAGCGAUAUAUUUCAUGCUGAGGAAAGGCUUUUCAAAGGGGAAAUUAUUAUCCGCCGUCAACACCAUGAUGAGGCGCGGCAAGGUCGCCGGAAAAGAGGCAAUCCAAAACCUCAUCUUCCACCACCACCACCACCAUGCCGCCGCCGCCGGCCGCCGCGACUACGAAUUCACCUGCGGCGGCAGAAACUCCGGUGGACGGCCGCUCUCGGAGGCGGAUUUGAUGGAGGCGGCGGUGGUGAUGGCCGCCAGCGCGGCGGCGUCACCGGCGCUGCCGGGUUUCGGGCGGAGCCCGUUGGUGAGGCGGCUGAGGGUGACGGAUUCGCCUUUCCCGUUGAGGGAUGUGGAGGAGAGCUGCCACGUGGACGAGGCGGCGGAGGAGUUCAUUAUGAAGUUCUAUAGGGAUUUGAGGCACCAAAAUUCCCAAAGCCAGACAAGAUCUAUCGCAGCUGUAGCCGCAUCGCCGCGAAUAAAGCAAAUCUUAGCCGUUUUCCCAGAGGCCUUCAAUCAGAAUCUGUCGUCGGCUCUCUCCAGGAUUGAGUCCCCCAUUCGCACCGCAGCGCCGCGCCGCGACACGCCUCUGCCUGCUCCGUUCGACCCUUGGAGAUUGAACCGCCUAACCUUCGACCUUCUCUGCCUUCAACGAAGCGAGAACAAAGGCGCCCGCCCAAGCGGUAGUGCUUCCACAAGUCAGCUACAAUUGGUGGUUUCAGAUCUUGCAAGAUCCAACUUUCGGGUAGAUUUUUAG